AUGAACCGGACCAGACCAGACAACGGCAAAGCCCCUCAGCGCGAUCCGUCCGAUCUUUCCCCUCCGCGAACACCCCCUUCACAAAUGUCCAGUUAUCAGACCACAAGGAAAGGUCCGCAGGGACGGCCGUCUUUGCAGGACGCAUUCCCGGACGACACAACCGCCACUGACACGGCCAACAAUAGCAGCAACGAGUCUGGCGACGAGCCCGACCCGCAUGACCUUUCCCUGUCUCCCAAGCAUGCUGCCCGAACAUCCAUUGUGGACAACAUGUUACAAUCCCUAGACCAAUUCUCAGCGGGAACUUCGGUUCUUGAUGAUUAUCGCCUAUUCCACUCCGUUCUCGAAUCCGACUUCUAUAACCGAGAUUCGCCGGCCUCCUCGUCCCACGGCCGCUUUCGAGGCCAUACCUUUUCUUCCUCGUUGUCCUCCGAACCCGAUCUCGCCUACGAAGAAGGUGUCAGCCACUAUGGAAUACAGACUGCAAGCGGCCGCCGGAGCAACAGUCUGAGAGGGACAAGCAGUGUCCGGGGAUACGAUAGUCUUCAUUCGCGAACGCAACCCCAUGCCGAAUCCAGUUCUCUUGCAUACCGGACGAGAAAAGGCAGCAAGGGUAGCUCGUCGUCCAAUUAUGAUUUUGGUCCAUCCUUGUUGAGGAAUCGUGCGGAUUCAGGAAGCGAUGCUCAGUCUGCGAGCAUUGACUACGACGUGGGGUCCCCCUUUCCCCCAUUUUCAGAAGAUUAUGAUACCCUGCGUUAUGAUGACCUCGAUGCCGCCCCCACCCCGAGUAUUCCUGCGGGCCCCAGAAAGUACCAUUCUCCUUCUCAAUCCGAGUAUCAGAACACGCUGAACGCUCAGUCCUCGAUGACUCCGAUAGCGUCUCGGAGGAGCAGUAUCAAGUCACCACCUGACCAGGGGAAGAAAAAACACCAUCCCGAGAAUAUCGGCACGGCGACAAUUAGGAGACCAGUUGACUUGGAACUCGAACCUCCACCCCCCUUGGGAGACUCACUGGACCCGCCUGCUCCAAGCCCAACCAUUUCAUAUAACAAACCCAGCUUUCCCCCUCCGCCUGACCCAAACCCGCCGAAGGAGCGUCCAGGAUUCUUCCGGAGGGUAUUUGGCUCGAAGAACUCCGCUCCUAACGCGCCUGAUGACGUAUCGUAUCUGUCGCACCAUGAUAAUGAUUUCCCCAAGGUCGGGAGACAACCAUCAAAGAUCGAUGUGCCUGGUAACAACACUUCCGUCCGCAGCGAGGGCCGCCAAGUGGUGAAUAAAAAAUCUUCCUUCUUUCGACGGCGAAAGAAGUCCGUCGUCGACAGCGUUCCGCCCCCUAUCUCCAUUCCUCAGCACCUGGCCCCCAAGGCACUGGAUUUCAUGAAGCCGGAACCAAGCCCCGUAAGCAGUUUGAGACAAGUUAUGAACCCGUAUAUCUCGGAGGGCGUUCCUGCGCCGAAUCGUUCAUCAAGAGAAUACCAUGGCCGGGAAAUCAGCGCAGAGGAUGCCGAUCACGCCAAAUCUGCAUCCCUUGCAUCCCAGAAGAAGAGGGGAAGCUCUGUUCCUCCGUCGAGUGGGUCGAGGUCCAAGUAUCCUGGUGCAUACCCCCCUGUCCCAUCAGGCGGUCUGGAUACAUCGUUCUUGGCCAACAGUAGUGGAGAUGAGGCAUCGACAGCCAAAUCCGUUGAUAUCGGCGUCACUUCACCCCUUUCAUCACCGAUUUCCAAGGACACGGAUAGCGAGUCGCUCGGAAGUCCAACGCAGGGCAGGCUAGCACCACCGCUGCCGCAAAUCUCGGUUCCUGGCACGACAUUGUCCCCUGUGGUUGAGGAUUUCCCUCAGAAAACACCUGAAACGCCCGAAGCGCCCAAUCCCGCCAAGAUGCCAACUCCCGGAACGGAUGGUGUCCUGUCGGAGACAUCAAACUACUUUACUGCUGCUAGUACUCCGGUAAUCCAGUCAGAGGAGCCCAAGUCCACUGAAUCCUCCGAGACUAAGCAGGAUGAAACUCCCAAGGAUGGUGAGGGGAGUGGUCCCACCACCGCAGAUCGCGAACAAGCCCAGAAACUGUUCGAUAGCCAAGACGAAGUGGUUGGAAACGAUCCAGCUGCUGCUUGGCUAGGCGAUCCUGACCGCGCAGUUAUUCGAGAAGCAUAUAUGGACCUGUUCGACUGGUCCAACAUGCAUAUUCUGGCAGGCCUUCGUAGCUUGUGUAAUCGACUCAUUUUGAAGGGAGAGACACAGCAAAUUGACCGGGUUCUGGACGCCUUUUCGACCCGAUGGUGUCGGUGUAACCCAAGCCACGGGUUUAAAGCUGCAGAUGUGGUACAUACGAUCUGUUACUCUCUUCUUCUAUUGAACACCGACCUCCACCUUGCAGAUAUCGACCAGAAAAUGACCAAGACUCAAUUCGUGCGCAAUACCUUGCCUACGAUAGAACGCGUUGCGAUCGACACGGCACCUCGCGACUUUGAGAAUCAAGCAUCGUCUUCGUCCGGGGCAGAUGGCCCUUCAAAACUUGUGAACCGACUUUCUCGGGCGGACCUCUCUGGGAAAACAUCAAUGGCGGAUUUUGAAAAUGGCGCUGGUCCGUUGGUGAAUCAACCAUUCCACGGAACCAUGCGAGCGUGGGAGCAACAAGUUGAGACCGUUCUCAGAGAAUUUUACUCCUCGAUUCAAAAGGAAAGGCUUCCACUACAUGGUGCUCAGCCGGAGAGAGAUACACCCCAAGCGUCGUCCAACAAUCUCCUCAGUGCAAAUCAGAACCCUAGCCUCCGUCGGAGUCCCAGUACAGUGAGCAAGAGCGGCUCCGAUAUCUAUCCCCGUGGCCGCUCUGCCGAUUCCCGCUAUGGAACUGCGCGGUGGUCUUCCAAGCCUCGCUCGCGCGCGAGAUUAUAUCCCCCGUCGGCAAUGGGAUCCAGUCGGACCAGCCUUGAUGACCAGUCUUCGCUCUGGAGUCCGUCUGCUUCCAGCACGUGGAGCAAGUAUUCUCUGGGUAAAUUCACGUCUGUCUCGGUCGACUCGUUCGGAUCGGACUUCCCGCGGGGCGAAUACCAACAGUCCAUCGGGUUUGCGAACGCGUUGAGUCAAGCCAUCAUCCGCGAAGAUGGGGCCUCAAUCGCCAGCACUGAGGACCCGGAUGCCACUCCUCUUCUGGAAGACGAGACCCUUCAACUUGCAGGUGCUCCAUGGGCCAAGGAAGGCAGCCUUAAGCAUAAGCAUCACCUCGAUUCCGUCGACAAGCGGGCCAAGGACCGGAACUGGAACGAUUGCUUUGCGGUCAUCCAGCAAGGCUGGAUGCGACUGUUUUCUUUCAACCCGGCGACAAAACCUGGCAAGCAACAAAAGGCCAAGCAGCGUCAAGCUGGCAGCGUGGUUGUUGGUGGAGGAAACUGGCUGUCUAACGCCGAAGAAGUCUGGAAAUUCACACUACGCCAGACUAUUGCCAGUCAAUUGCCGCCGCCAGGUUAUUCCAAAUCCCGACCCCAUGUCUGGGCCCUGAGUCUGCCCACAGGGGCUGUCCAUCUCUUCCAGGCUGGUACACCGGAAAUUGUGCGCGAGUUUGUCUCAACGGCCAACUACUGGAGUGCCCGAUUGUCAAAGCAACCUCUGGUCGGAGGCAUCAGCAAUAUCGAGUACGGAUGGAGCGACGCCGUCAUCAACAGUGCUUUGAUCCACGCCGAUAGCAAUAACACUAAUAGUCCUAAUCAUAAUACUAAUGGCAAAUCAACCCCUACCGGGACGCGAACCAGCAUUCAAAGCUCGAUCCGGAGCUCCAUGGAUCAGCAGGGUGUGCGACCGAAACUACCCGCCGACCGGGUUAACAUCAGCGAUUGGACGCCGCCUCAGCAGAGUAUGGCAGCAUCGAACUUGCCCGAAGAGGAUCAACUCAAGGCCUUGCAGGCCUACGUCAAGAACACCGAAGAAGAGUUCCAGCGACACAAUGAACGCCGGGCCGCCAUGAUCCUCGCAUUCUCGCCGCGGCAUCCUAACGCUUCCAAGGCGAUGGCGAACUUUGAGCGGAAAUCGUCGUAUCUCCUGCGGGAGAUUGUCAAGUUCCGCACGUACAUCGAUUCGCUACAUGGUGCUCUAGAACAGAAGAAGCGAAUCUACCCUCCUAGCGAGGAGAACAAUCCGACUGCUGAUGACGAUUCCAAGGCUGGUGAUGGGCAGGAAACUCCGACGAAGGUGUCGAUCGAGACUGCGCAGCCGGCAUGA